GCUGUUGACCGAAACGCGUAAGACGCCAUCUUGAGGAGACCACGAACCAACGCUGGUUGGCGAUAACUGACAACAAUUUUAGGCGCAUCAGGAUGAGAUUACUGAAUUCAAAGUGAACCCGUGUCACAUGGGCUGUGGGCUAUAAAUAUUAAGAGAGGGACAAGAAGAGCUGUUGGACUAAUGUUUACCGUGUUGGGUUGUUUUUAUGACGCAACGCCCGCUGUAGCCUGAUGGCCAGCUAGCUGCUGUGUGGACCCGAGGCCUGUUCGGAGGAGGAAGGGUAGUGACGGCGCAAAAUGCUCGACUACCCCUGACUCCCAACCAGACUGUUCCUAGACAGAGACACGCUUCGAGUUGAACGACGAGCACAAUGCACUUAAUUUUUUUUUUAAAGCUGUUCACUUUCCGAUUUUUUUGAGGGAGCGAUGGGGUGCUGUUAGAAGCUCCGAACGACUGUGAAUGCCGUGGCGUGUGUUCUGAAUUCCCAGUCCGAGACAUGUCAUCCAACUGCAGCAGCGCAGCGCCUGUCAACGCUAGCAAAACCAAGACGAAAAAAAAGCAUUUUAUAGGACAGAAAGUGAAACUGUUUCGUGCAAGCGAACCCAUCCUCAGCGUUUUAAUGUGGGGUGUGAAUCACACGGUUAACGAGUUAAGUAAUGUGCCUGUACCAGUCAUGCUGAUGCCAGAUGAUUUUAAAGCCUACAGUAAGAUCAAAGUGGACAACCACCUAUUUAACAAAGAAAACCUUCCUAGUCGCUUUAAGUUCAAAGAAUAUUGUCCCAUGGUGUUCCGAAACUUGAGGGAGAGAUUUUGCAUCGAUGACCAAGACUACCAGAACUCUCUCACGCGAAGCGCUCCCCUCAACAGCGACUCCCAGGGUCGUUUUGGUAAUCGCUUCCUCUCCAGUUACGACCAUCGAUUUGUAAUCAAAACUGUGUCCAGUGAGGACAUCGCUGAGAUGCACAACAUCCUCAAAAAAUACCACCAGUUUAUAGUGGAGUGUCACGGCAACACGCUGCUCCCUCAAUUUCUGGGUAUGUACAGGCUUACAGUGGACGGGGUGGAGACGUACAUGGUCGUGACCCGGAAUGUCUUCAGCCAUCACCUCACUGUUCAUCGCAAAUACGACCUCAAGGGUUCCACGGUCUCAAGGGAAGCAAGUGACAAGGAAAAGGCGAAAGAGCUCCCCACUUUCAAAGACAACGACUUCCUGAAUGAAGGCCACAAGCUGCAAAUAGGAGACGACAACAAGAAGUACUUCUUGGACAAGCUAAAACAUGAUGUUGAGUUCCUGGCCACUCUGAAGAUCAUGGAUUACAGUCUUCUCGUGGGGAUCCACGAUGUGGAUCGAGCCGAGCAGGAGGAGAUGGAUGUGGAGGCUGGUGCCGAUGAGGAAGAGUAUGAGAAUGACGGAAUGGGUGGAGGCGUGCUCACUGGCUCCUUUGGCACACCACCCGACAGCCCAGGAAACCCCGUCAACUGUGGCUUCUUUGGGCCCGGGGACUUUGACCCCUCCGUUGAUGUUUACGCAAUCAAGAGCCAUGACAGUUCUGUCAAAAAGGAGGUGUACUUCAUGGCGAUCAUCGACAUCCUCACACAUUACGAUGCGAAGAAAAAAGCUGCACAUGCUGCCAAAACUGUGAAACACGGGGCAGGGGCAGAGAUCUCGACGGUGAACCCGGAGCAGUACUCCAAGCGCUUCUAUGAGUUCAUGUCCAAUAUCUUGUCAUAGACUCUUUUCCACUCUGCCUGCCCAGCCACUCACAGAUCUGGCACACGUGUGUACACAACACACACACACACAGUCUCUCUUGUCCUCAGCCUCUUCAAAGAGCCCAUGGUUAGGUUAUGUGUUGAGGCUUUUACAGAACUGCAAACACAAAUGAACAGUGCCCCCCUCGUCCCCCGUUUUGGAAAGAGCAUCCUGAUAACUUCCUUUGUUUAGCUGAAUUUUCGUUUGACUUGUUGCUCCUCUGUUUCCGCGUCCUACCUUAUCACUCCUCUCGCCAGCGCAGGAACUGUCUCACUGAUGCCUUGAGUUAGUGCCCACGCCUCAGCACCGUCUUCCCACUUUCUCUUCAUGUUGUGAUUCCUUGAUUUCCAUUGGAUGUGUACACAAACACAGAUUGCAUGACAUACUAUUUUAGCAGCCUUCUUUGUGCUUCUUUCAGUAUCGACAACAGAAAAAUCCAACCUACUGCUGAUAAUUUGGAAUAACCGAAUGUAAACGUUCUUACUGAUGAUGUAGACUAAUAAGUAAAAGAAUGCAGUUAUCAAUAUGCAUGGCUGAUGUGCACAUGAGACUCCACCAGUUAGUUCAACAUUGAACCGCUGACCUCAACAUCCGAGUGUUACAAUGAAAAUAGGAACGACACGCACGCACAAAUCGGCGUUUGAAUGUUAUAUUGCCACAUUGGUUUUAACAAAUUUUGGAAUAUUAAACAUGAGCAUGGUAAAGGUUGGUCAAUGAAAAAAAGAGCAAUUUAAAAAAGGGGGAAAUUCAGCAGCAAAUAAAUGGUUUUAUCACAAUACAAAUCAUUUUUUAAAAAAUAUCUUGUUUACAUUGAUGUAGCAAUGUUGUUUGUAUACAGUAUUGUUUUGUUAACAAAAAGACAGAGAAAAAAAAGGUUACUUGAAAAUGAUUCAUUGCAUAUUAAAGGGAGUUUUAUCUUG